AUGGAUGGGUCUAAGAUGUCGCAAGAUGAACUCGUGGAAAAAUUAAAACAUCAAGUGGCUUUAGAAAACAUAGAGCUAUUAUUGAUGAAAAUGAGUCGAUUGUGUUUCAACAAAUGUAUUAUAAAGCCAGGACCUUCACUAGAUAGUACUGAACAAAAAUGUGUUUCAAUGUGCAUGGACCGAUAUAUGGAAACAGUGAGUCUAGUUUCAAAGUCCUUUGGUGAACGACUAAUGGCUGAAUCCCAAAAUAUGCAUUAA